AUGGUGCCAUCACCGGACUUCGAUCCCUGGACGCAGCCAGUCACUCUAUACUACCAGGACGGCACCAAUUUCACCGUCGACAUGGAAUCCCUCAACUACUAUCGUCUUUAUGGCAGCCGCCUUGCGAUCAACGACGCAACCCAGAUCGGAGCUUCAUUCCUUCUUCUGCUCGUUCUCCUCCUGCUAACGAGGGCCGAGAAGCGAAAGUCAUUCAUCUUCCUCAUCAAUGCCCUCUGUUUGACCGCCAACACCAUCCGCUGCACGUUGCUCUGCUGCUUCCUAACAGGCAGUAUGUGGCAUCCCUAUACGCAGCUGUCUGGUGACUGGAGCCGCGUUACAACAUCUGACCUCGCUACUGUGGUUGCCGCCAAUGCCCUGACUCUCCUCGUCGCUACCCUGGUUAUGAUCUCGCUCAGUCUCCAGGUCUGGGUAGUCUGUGUGACCACGAUGCCUCUUCAACGAUACAUUAUCAUGGCGAUUACUUCGAGCAUGGCCUGCAUAGCGCUUGGGUACAAGGCCGCGGUAGUCAUCUACAACAUCAAACAAGCACUCCUAUUCCAGUCCAUAGAACCUUACAAGGAGCUGGUGUCGGUCUCCUACGUCGUACAAGCCGUUUCCAUCUGGUUGUUCAGCUGCGUCUUUACGUACAAACUGGGAUACGCUAUAAUCCAGCGACGUCGACUGAAGAUGCCUCAGUUCGGCCCGAUGCAGAUUGUGUUCAUCAUGGGCUGCCAGACUAUGUUGAUUCCCGCCAUCUUCUCGUCUCUUCAAUUCGAGUCAGCUGUUCCCGAAUUCGGAACCCAGGUUCUCACCAUUGUUUCCAUAUUUCUGCCUCUCUCCGCGAUAUGGGCUGGCGUGGUUAACGACUCCGUCAUGGCCGGCAGCGGACCAGACUCGCAUCAGCGACUCAUCCAUAGCGAAUUCUACCGAUCGGCGGCAUCUACUAAAACCAGCGGAAGUUCAACCAUGUUCGACAAGAGUCGUGGAAUGAGUGUCUCCACAUACUCGAAGAGCAAUGAAAUCGAGAGUGCGUCAACUACUCCUUCGCCACGGAAGAAGACCCAUACAAACGACGACGGCAUUCACGUUGGCCAUGAGUUCGGUUUCUCGCACGGCGACGCAGCAGAUCAGGUUUAG